AUAGCCGUUUGGGCAAGAACUCUUUGGUCCCUUCCGUUUUUUCUUUUUUUUAAACUCUUUUGGCCUCUUCCAUUUUUUUAAAACUCUUUUGGUCUUUUCCAUUUAUUUUUAAAGGUCUCUUUCAUCUAAGUGCUGUUUCUUUACUCAACCUCUAGGUUUCUAUAUUGGAGGAUACGUUUUGCUGAGUUCGAGAGACGAAGAAGACUAGGGCUUUUGAGAUGGAUAGUCUGCGAAAUCUAUUACCCUUUUCAACGAUCGGUAGUGACCUGAGAGAAUCAAAGGAUCUUGUUCAGAGACUCUCAGUGCCCGAGAGCACAAAGACCUUUGUGUUUGCAAUCAAAGUCCCCGAGCAUGAUUCCACCAUCUACUUACUCUCUGUCCAGAACUUAUCUCAGAGAUCUGCUGCUGAUGCCGAGUGUCUUAUACGUGAACUCCGUCCUGAUGCUGUCGUGGCUCAGGUGAACCCUUCAGAUUUUGGAGAAGUAGAGGAGGGCUCAAUCCCAACUUCAGCUUUUAAAGUUGUUACACGCUGUCUUUCAGACGAGGGUCUUAACAAAGAAAAGUACCAAAGCGUUGCGGGGAACUUGGUUACGGAGGAGAUUUUUGGGACGAGUUAUAAUGCACAUCUAUUGGCUGCUAAGAAGGUUGCUGAGGAGGUUGGCUCAACCUUUACGGUACUUGAUUCUCCUUUUGUUAUGGAAGGUCUGACUAAAUCUCUCACAAGACAAGAUUAUUAUUUUGGCUCUCCUUUAGGGUUUCGGAUAAGCAAUGAUCAACAGACACUGAUGCAGAGACUCUUCUCUUGGCAUAUCACUCAGCUCGGUAAUGAGAUAGAAUCUGAUGAUAGUCCUGAGGUUCCACCGUUUGCUCUUUCCGUUUAUAGCUUACUUGUCGAACUUCAUAACAUAUUUAAUGAUCUCCCAGCUAUUAGGAAAGCUCUAGGCAGUGCCACAAAGAUGUUGUCUGAUGUGAAUAACGGUGAAGCCGUUGAUGCAGAGUCUCUUUCUAAAGUUCACCUUUUCAGGCUUGCGGUCGAAGGUCUUAGGAUUGCUUUGAACAAAGCUGGUCGGCUAAACAACGUCAGGAACCUAGGAACCCAAGUUCAGUUUUCAAAGCUCUCUUCUGUGGACAAAGCUUAUGCACUUAUGGCGGAUGAUCUUCGUGGUCAGGCUAAGAAGUUCAAGAGUAUAGUAGCGGUGGUAGACGCAGGUAACCUCGCAGGUCUUAGGAGGCACUGGAGGACUUGUGUUCCUCAACAAGUCAAAGAUAUGUCGACAGAGCAUACGGUGCAGGAUCUUGAUAGCAAUAAUGAUGAUGAUUCAAAGCUAAAACCGGCGGUGGCGGUUGGUGGUGCAGUGGCUUUAACACUACCAUCAAAGGCCAGGUUCUUGAGCCUUUUCUUGACACGCAAGGCAUUGGCAUUUACCAAAGUGUUGUAUCCCUCAGCAAUGAGGGCAAUGUUUCUGGUGAAAUCAUCGUUAUUAUCCGGCGAGAGAAUCAGAGGAGUAACACAGUAUGUUCUGACUUCAGCUGAAGGUACUAGCUUGGAUGCCACGAGAGCUGCAUUCUAUGCGAUGAUGAUGCGGAAGAGACUAGCAAAACCUAUCGGGGCCUUACCAGUGGCGGUGUUUGGAGCCGGUCUUGCAACUUGUGCGGGGUUGCUCUGCUGCGAAGAUGGGAUCGAAUGUGCGGCUCUGACUAUUCCCUCAGCUUCUUCGAUUGCAAAACUUGGUCGAGGGAUUCAGAACUUGCAUGAGGCGUCUCUGGAAGUGACAAGGAGAGGAAACACCAAGGUAGAUAAGACAGUGGGGGCUCUUAGUCAUAGGCUGAGGGACUUAACGCUUAAUUAUUUAAAUUUCAAACCAAAUCUGGUUCGUUUUAUUUGUAGACGUUGUAUCAAAUAAGACGCAUAUUUUUUUUUUA